CUUUUAUGAAUGGUAAUAGGCCUGACGUACAUUCGUCUUUGAAGCUCGCUUUUAUGAAGUUUGCUGGUAGCAGCAUUGUCCAUUUUACGUGAAAACUUUCUUGAAGUGAGAACCGCCAUGAAUUCUUUGACUCUAGUGUGUUUAUUAGCAGCCGUUGUUUUGAGUAAUGCGAUAAAGUGCAAAAUCACGGUUGAAACUGGCUCAAAAUCCUAUGCAGGGACCGAUGCAAACGUUUUUAUAACAUUGUACGGUUACUCUGGUAGUUCAUCCAGAUUAUCUCUAAGUUCAGACGAAGAUAUCUUUGAAAAAAACGAUGUUGAUGUUUUUGUUGUUGAUAUCCCGGAUAUUGGACCAGUGACCAGAAUCAGAGUUGAACAUGAUAAUUCAGGGUGGGGUGCAGGCUGGUAUUUGAAACAGGUAGAGGUAAAAUACGAUGGUGAAAAUACUGGCAGCGUGUUUGAUUGUAAUACGUGGAUCAGUGACGGGUCUGGUCUUUCAAAAUCUUUCUUAGCAAAUAAUGCCUGCGGUUUAACCAUGACCUCCUCGUCUCGUAUUGUCGGCGGGAGCAAUGCACUUUCGGGACAGUGGCCAUGGCAGGUCAGCGUGUUUUACAAAGGAGGACACUGGUGCGGGGGGUCGAUCAUUGAUAAUGAAUGGAUUGUCAGCGCUGCGCAUUGUUUCCAUGACGAUCGAAAUACGGCAAACUACAAAAUCACCGUUGGUGAUCAUGACUUGCGAUACAGCAGUAGAUACGAACAGGUCGUUCCAAUCGAGAGGCUAAUAAUUCAUGAUGACUACGAUCCCAACAGUCAGGAUAACGAUAUAGCGUUGCUGAAGUUGGAAACCCCCAUCAAGUACAAUAGUCGGGCCCUACCCGUCUGCCUGCCUUCAUCUAACCUGCCUGCGGGCACGCAAUGCUGGGUGACAGGCUGGGGCGCCUUGAAGGAAGAUGGUCACGGCCCAGCGAUCCUGCAACAGGCUAAAGUACCUCUCGUUAGUAAACAAAGCUGUGGUUAUGUUUAUGGUUCCCUCACAUCGAGCAUGCUCUGUGCUGGCUACCACACUGGGAAGAUUGAUUCGUGUCAAGGGGACAGCGGGGGACCAUUGGUGUGCAGUGUGAACAGAAGGUGGCAUCUGAUGGGCGCUGUAAGCUGGGGGAUUGGCUGUGCUAGAGAGGGGUAUUAUGGGGUAUAUGCUGAUAUUGUACAUUUCAAAAGCUGGAUAAGUAAUGCAAUGUGAUGUAGUCAUGCAAGGAGAAUAAAGAUUGACUUUGACGCAUAAAAGUUUUUGUAAUUUUUUUCUUGUUUGAAAACAUCUAAACAUUAAAUGCUAGUGUGUAAAAUUACAGCAAUUACAGAGCUUAUCUAACUCACAGCAGUAACAAGACACGAGAACAUGAAAUCCAUGUCUUCAAGCGAACCGUGUAAUUUCUGUUUAUGGACUAAAAUCAGAGUGAAAAAAGUACACACAAAGA